AUGUCGUACCGAAAACAUCAAAACGAGCGCAUCUGUCCGCCAGCAAAUAUUUAUGCCAGGGCCACCAAUUACAAAGUUCUGGAUAAUGGUAACCGUAUUGUGGGGGCAUGGAGCCCGGGGGGGGAGACGGUUGAUCCCAAAGCGCACUGGCUGCAGCUUUUCAUGAUGAUGGACACCGAGGGUAGUGGCGCUCGAAUCGAUGCGGAGUGCACAAACCCGCCAACUGCCUCGUCCAACUGGCUGUCCGCACGGGUGCCGCCAUCACCCCAUUCAAGUCCACCGGUGGAUCGCUGUUCAGCUCUGCGUCGUUCUAUCAGCAAUCGCUUCAUCUGUCUGACAGGAAAAUGUCAAAGGCGUGAUCCGCCCUGCAAAUACUUCCAUCCCCCACAACACCUUCGGGAACUCCUCCUUCAGAAUGGUCGAAACAAUUUAAUUUUGAAGAGCAUGCAGUUGCAGUUGCUGCAACAGCAAUUCGCACAAGGCGCAAUGCUGCCGGGUCUGUCGGCGGCGCUGGCGGCCACGGCGUCGCCCACGGUGCCCGUGACUGCGGCAACCCAUGGCUCUGCCGGCGACUCGCGGCUCGGCGCCGCGCCCGCAUCCCCCGCCGCCACCUCCGCGGCCGCCUCCAUCACCUCCACGGGCAAGCUGCUUUAUCCGCCCACGCCAUCGUUGAACCUGGCUGCACCUGGAAUGGCAGCUGCAUACUCUUUGUUGCUAGCCCAAGUGUUCACACCAAAAUCAGCAGUUAUCGACCCCAUCUACGCGAACCUCUAUGCGACGGGCGAAGCGACGCAGCAGGUCACUCGAAAACGUCCUGCAAAUUGCAUAAAUGAGCCUGUAUUUGCUGCGCUCUAUCAGUCACCGUUCCUCGGUUAUAACCUGCAACUUGACCCGCAGUAUCUGGCUGAGCAGUCUGCCGCUGCCGCCCAAUUGGGCGUCGGACUCUCUCCUUAUCUGACGCCGACGCAGCUGAAUUCAAUGGCAGCCGCAGCUGCAACGGCUGCGGCUCUGAAGGCGGUGCCCCCAACGGUCUCGUUGGCCAGCGGCGCGGCGAACGGAGGGGCAGGGGGGCUGUCAGCGGCCCACAUGGCAGCGAUGGCUGCCGCGGCCGCAGCUGCGGUCACUCCAAUGGCGGCGCCAGGCACCCCUGCGAAGCGGCCGGCCCUCACCGACGCCAAGUCGGGCCUGCCCAUGUUCGACUGCGGGCAGGGCCUCUACGCACUGCAGCCGCAGGGACACCUGCCUACAAAGACUCCAGCGACUUCGUCUUCUGUCACCCAGAAUAAUGGAGCAGCACAAGAGAGCGGUGGACAGUCGGAAGCGGAGGGUCAACAAGCUCAGGUCGGUACGGUCGGACAAUACUAUCCGGAAACGUACAUUGAAAUUCCCCAGUACGGUUACAAAUAG